CCUUCAGCAAGGUGGUAAAAGGAAACGUAUUUUCAUAACAACUAUUAACAAUCAGUUGCUAGACUGCCUUUAGACAAUUUAUGACCGAAUUUUUGUUAUUUAUAGUCACACUGCUGUUCCGAUAACUGGAUAUAUCAAAUGGAGACAUUUUAAGGUUUGUAAUUGGAUUUUAAGAUGACUUAUUAGCUAAAAAGAAACCCUCAUUGAGUUGAUUACCUUCUCAAUGCUAUCAUUUUGUUUUUUAGGUUAAUAGCCAUAGCAGCUGUUUAUAAAUUCAAAAACAUAUUUCCUGUUUUAGCUGUAUUGGUCUUAAUUCGCAGGAAACCAUAACAAAUUGCCAGACAUUGUUGGCGACAUAAACUUAUUAAUGAAUAUACAAUUGCAUCAAUUUAAAACACUGCUUAUCAUUAAAAAAUGAUGCCGAAUUCUAGAAUGACUUGAUUGGAAACAGAAUCUAUCUUAACAUAGCAAUUGUAAGAACAUGUAUUGCUUUUUUUACAAAUGAAAAGAGAAAAUCCUAAAUGUUUCUAGUGGAAUUUGGCUAAUGUUUGCUCCCGGACAAGAGAGGAUAAUUUGCAAAAGCCAAGUCAUAUCUUGAUCUGACCCCUCAGUGAAUCUUCACAACAAAUCAGAUCAUCUUUUCACACAAUGGCUUUCAGAAGAGCCAUACACCUUCUUCCAAGAGGAAAGGAUUGUGUCUACAGCUUGUGCAUACCUUGUUUACACAAAUCCCCAAAUGCCAUCAGCCAAACUGUCAGAUUUCCUCAACAUCACUGUGGCAGAACUACAAGAACUCUUCACACUGGCACACCUUUGAUGGUGGCCAAGAUACUGUCAGUGGAUGAGCUUUUUUCGAAGAAAUCCCUGCAGGAAUACCUGAAGAAGACGGAGGCGGAGUACAAUGAAUGUUUGAGAGCAGCCAACAGCGGUGUGCCAGAGGAGCAGUCCAGUGAGGACACGCUGAUGUCCAAGAGGACCAAAGUGUCCCUGCUGGCUCCUCUCAUCCAGAGCAUCAGAGAGCUGGACGCCAAGCAGAGAGAGAUGGCUGAGACCGAAGCGCUGCUGAAAGAUGAAGACCCAGCCCUGCGAGAACUGGCAGAGCUGGAGAGUGAAGGAUGUUUGCAAGAAAUACAAGAUAUUAGACAGGAGAUCCUGAAUCUGUUGAUCCCUGAGGAGGAGGCAGAUCUGAGCGACCUCGUGCUGGAGGUCACAGCCGGUGUCGGGGGUCAGGAGGCAAUGCUGUUUACCAAUGAGGUGUUUCACAUGUACCAGGGAUAUGCUUAUCACCAUGGCUGGUCCUUCGACAUCUUGGAGUACAUGACCAAUGACUUAGGUGGAGUGCGCAGCGCCUUGGCCAGCAUCAGCGGCUCUCAGAGCUACAAGAGGAUGAAGUUUGAGGGCGGAGUCCAUCGGGUUCAGAGGGUUCCCAAGACUGAAAAACACGGCAGGAUGCACACCAGCACCAUGACGGUGGCUAUACUGCCCCAGCCCACUGAGAUCUCCUUCACGAUAAACUCCAAGGACCUGAAGAUUGAAACUAAGAGAGCGAGUGGAGCUGGAGGUCAACAUGUCAACACCACAGACAGUGCAGUCAGAAUCGUCCAUCUGCCCACAGGCGUCGUUGCAGAGUGCCAGCAGGAGCGCUCCCAGAUAAAGAACAAGGAGAAAGCCAUGAAGGCUCUGAGAGCAAAACUGUACAGCAUUAAGUUAGAGGAGGAGACGAGCAAACGCUACAACCAGCGGAAAAUACAGAUUGGCACGAAAGGCAGAUCAGAGAAGAUUCGAACGUACCACUUCCCCCAGGACCGUAUAACGGACCACCGUAUCGGGCUGACGGUGCACGACAUGAAGAACUUCCUGCUGGGGGAGGACCUGCUGGAGGAGAUGAACUCCUCGCUGCAGGAGUUUUCCAACCAGGAGACGCUGGAGGAACUGCUGGGAGAAAACAACCAGCAGGGCUCAUGAGCUUGGAUCUGAGAAACAUGGAUUCUGAUGCAAUGGAAACCUCUUGCUACAGGUUUUAGCAAAGCAUUAUGCUGUAAAAUUGGAUGUUCAUGCUUCAAAUCCUGCAAGACAAAGUGAGGAAAAGGACCAUGAUGGAUUAUAAGGAGGACCAAGUCUUAAUGCUUUAUGACAAAUACCCAUUUCAUGUCCAUACAGAUGUCCAGGAAUGACGUGCAGUGUCGGCACACAAAGUGGCUAUUAAAAUAAAACUUGAAUAUGGAGCUAU